AUGAAUGCCGCUGCUCCAUCCCGCAAGCAGCCACCGAGCAUCGACGAUAUCCUCAAGGCCAAGCGCGAGAAAGAAGCUGCUGCUGCAAAGCCCAAGUUCAUACCGAAGGCAGAGCGGGAACGGAUCGCGCUCGAAAAGCGGCGAAAAGAGGUGGAAGAGGCGCAGAAAAGGCGAGAGGCGGCCAACGGCGGUGGCGCAGUAUGGAAACCCUCGCAGGAUGCGUCGAUGCAAACGGGCGCAUCAUCUGUACCCGUCGGCCCACGAUCGAUGCGCGAUGCGCCCACAGAGCCGUCGUCUAUGCGAGAUCGCAGGAACGGAGGAGACAUGGCACCGCCGCCCCCGCCGUCUGAGAACCGAAAGAGCAAGCGACCGGCCGAGGACACUGAAGCGGCCAUGAUUAGGCAGCGAUACAUGGGCGCCGAGCAGAACCAGUCGACAUUCUCCGCCAAGAAGAAGCGCAAGAGGACGACGGAGAAAAAGUUCAACUUUGAGUGGAACGAGGAGGAAGACACAAGCCACGACUACAACCCCAUCUAUCAGCAAAAGGCAGAAGCCAGCUUCUUUGGCCGCGGCCGACUGGGCGGCUUCUCCGAAGAGGUUACAGACAAGGCGACACAGAGAAUGAUCGAGGCCAUCAUCGAGCGAGACCCCGAGCACGGCAGAGAGAGGGCCGAACAAAUGCUUGAAAUGGAGAGGCGGCGCAAGGAGAAGGGCGGCCGCGCACAGCUUGACAAGCACUGGAGCGAGAAGAGGCUGGAGAACAUGCGCGAGCGCGAUUGGCGCAUCUUCAAGGAGGACUUCAACAUUGCUACCAAGGGAGGCUCGAUACCAAAUCCCAUGCGCAACUGGGACGAGGCAGGCCUGCCGGAGAAACUCAUGCGCAUCGUGGACCGGGUCGGCUACACGGAGCCUUCGCCUAUUCAGCGCGCAGCGAUACCCAUUGCGCUGCAGUGUCGCGAUCUUAUCGGUGUCGCUAGAACCGGUUCGGGUAAAACUGCUGCCUUUGUUCUACCACUUCUGGCCUACAUCAUGGAGAUGCCUCCCCUCACAGCCGCUAAUCGUCACGAUGGGCCUUAUGCGCUGAUCCUUGCACCGACGCGUGAACUCGCACAGCAAAUCGAGGUGGAAACACGCAAGUUUGCAGCGCCCCUAGGCUUCAACACGGCCGUUCUCGUUGGUGGUCACUCUAUCGAAGAGCAAUCGUUCCAGAUGCGCGACGGUGCCGAGAUCAUCAUCGCCACGCCUGGUCGUCUGGUCGACUGCAUUGAGCGCCGAGUGCUUGUGCUCAGCCAAUGUACCUAUGUCAUCAUGGACGAGGCUGACAAGAUGAUUGACAUGGGUUUCGAAGAGCCGGUCAACAAGAUCUUGGAGGCGCUGCCUGUGAACAACGAGAAGCCUGACGAUGAAAGCGUCGAGGAUGCCAGUGCCAUGCGGAGAGACAUGUAUCGGCAGACGAUGAUGUACACGGCUACCAUGCCGCCCGCGCUGGAGCGGAUUGCCAAGAAGUAUCUGCGCCGUCCUGCCAUUGUGACUGUUGGCAAUGUGGGCGAGGCCACCGAGACGGUGGAGCAGCGAGCAGAGUUCAUCCAGGGAGAGGAGAAGCGCAAGAAGCGACUACAGGAGAUUCUGACGUCGGGCGAGUUUCCCGCGCCCAUUAUUGUCUUUGUCAACAUCAAGCGCAACUGCGACGCCAUUGCACGCGAGAUCAAGCACAUGGGCUUCUCGGCGGCCACGCUGCAUGGUUCCAAGACGCAGGAACAGCGUGAGGCUGCGCUGGCGUCGCUCAAGUCUGGGCAGACGAGCGUGCUUGUUGCGACGGAUCUGGCGGGUCGUGGUAUCGACAUCCAGGACGUGUCUCUGGUCAUCAACUUCAACAUGCCGACCAGCAUCGAGAGCUACACGCACCGCAUUGGGCGCACGGGUCGUCUGGGCGCCGACAAGCCUGGUGUUGCGAUUACGUUCUGGGGCAACGAGGACGCGGACAUUCUGUAUGAUCUCAAGCAGAUUCUGAUGAAGAGCCAGAUCAGCAAGGUGCCCGAGGAUCUGCGCAAGCACGAAGCAGCCCAGCAAAAGGGCAAGAAGCGGGGCGAGGUCAUGGGCAAAAACAUUACGUAG